AUGUCUACUACUACUUCCUCCACCACCUCGUCCGUGAGCGCAACCAGCACUGCCUGCGGCGGCAGCGUCUGGGAAAUCCCCACGACAGAUGCAGCAUGUGCGGCCAUUAUUAGUGGGAAUAUGACCGAUGUGAUGGAUGAGUGCUGCAAGAACGCGAAGGUCUCCAAGUAUGACAACGACUGCGGCAUCUAUUGUCUCGCCCAGGGCCAAGAUGUCAACAAGCUCCAGUCCUGCCUCACCAGCAAGAGCGGCAACUACCAAAAUGUCUUUUGCAACGCUCGUCUCAAUGCGACCGCCACAGCCACAGGCUCCAAGUCCACUUCCUCAGGCACCGGUACUAGCACAGCCUCGUCUGCUACCUCGACUUCCCCAAACGCCGCUAUUGCGAACCAGCCAAUCUCGAAGUCUGGUGUUGGACUGAUUGCGCUCCUUUUCGGCUCUGCUUUGAUGGCUGUUAUUUCUUAA